ACCACAUCAGCUUCUGCGUCGCCAUUUAUUGACCUUUCUUCGUGCGAUUCUUCGGUUGUCCUAUCUUCAUUAAGACAGUGCGAACACUGUAAGCCAUCAGACCUGCCUACAACGCGACACGCGCCAUCGUCUGGUGGGUUCUGCUCGUCCUCCGUCCCUGGUCAGCAAGCCUGGUGACAAGCAUUCGAUCACAAGCCCACAACUACUACUAGUGGUAGCCUGGAUCUCCGGCAUUCUAAAAACGGGACCCUGCUUUUAGUCCUCUUCGUCCCCGAUGCUGUUACGAAUUCCCCGAGAUCGAGAUCCUCCUCUCUUCUCGAAUCCCACUGGGCCGCCCACCGAUGUCAAGCUUUGGCACAUCUUCACGUGGAUGAAACAGCCAGAUCCAUCGAGGCUCAUAAAAGAGAUCGGUUGCUAGAAGAGACAUGUCUAGUACCGUCCAUAUGCUCAACACGAUCAGGAAAGUUGGGAUCUUAGGGCACAAUUAUCCAGCCAGACUGCCGGUCAGUCAGUCAAGACUUUGCGGCCCAUAAACACAUUGCCAGUGUGUUCCUAAAUACACGGCUUUCCGAUCAUGCUUGACGGGUCCUUGACUCCGCCGUCGACCGUAGAUCACACCGCUGAGACUAUGCCCAGGGACCUAGGUGAGCUCGAUGUUUCUGCCGUGGUCGCUCAGAUAACUUGUGCCAGUCUGUAACAAGAGGUAGGCGAGUUCUCCAAAGUCUGAAGAUGCAUACGACUCCUCCAGAUCUCAAUUGUCCCUAGGGCUAUUCGGGAGAUCCAACCCAACCCGAUCCAGGAUGCCCGGGGAGUGGAGACGGGUUGGUUGCUAGCUAAGCUCAUCGGUUGUUCGGCUUUUCCCCGUAUCUUGUUAUCCCGCGGCGUCGACCCGCUUUGACGCCGGCCCUUUGCUACUCUCAACUUUGCAUAUAUCAACUUCCUGCACUAUAUCUCGCACUCAUCUCCGGCUUAGAUAGAUAGCCGCACAAAGGACUUCCGGAGCUGAUCCUUGAUCACCAUGUCUCAUCCUCGGUUUCUCAUCUUCGGCACAGGCAGCAUUGGCGCCGUGUACGCAUACAUUUUCUCUCGCGCCGUCACGCCAGCCAAUGUGUUUACGGUUUGUCGAUCAAACUACGACGUGGUGGCCAAGCAAGGCUUUACCAUCAACUCGACCAUCUUCGGCCAGAACUUGAACGUACGACCCCAAGUCGUGCGCAGCGUCGAAGAAGCUGUGACAAAAUCGGAUAAACCCUUCGACUAUGUGAUCGUCACGGCAAAAGCCAUCCCCAGCACACCAUCCAUACCGGAUCAAAUCCGACGUGCGAUCUCUCCCAACACAACCAUCGCCCUGAUCCAGAAUGGGAUCGGUAUCGAAGACCUUUACCGGAAUGCUUUCCCCUCCAACCCAAUUUUGAGUUGUGUCGUCUACCUACCUGCCACGCAGAUUUCUCCAGGAAUUGUCACUCACAAAGAAAUCGAACUCCUGCACCUUGGCACGUACCCGGCUACGGCACCACAGUCGCACAAGGAAUCUGCCGAGCGGUUCGGGGCCCUGCUACAAGCCGGCGGCGCCUCCUUCAAGGUGCAUGACGACGUGCAACAGGAACGAUGGAGCAAGCUGCUCGUCAACGCGACCUGGAACCCGAUCUGUGCGCUAUCCCGCAGUCGCGACGCCCAGUUCAUCCAGUCCUCGUCGUAUGCGCCCAAUCUGAUCCAGGACGUCAUGCUCGAAAUUUCCGCCAUUGCCCAGGCCGCCGGAUACCCGUCCGUGUCGCGGUCCGUGGUCGAGUCUCAAAUUGGCCGGGCCACGGCGCGGCCUUUGCCAGGCGUCGAGCCGAGCAUGCUUGCUGACGCUGCGGCCGGUCGAAACAUGGAGGUGGAUGCCAUCGUAGGCAACGCAUUGCGUAUCGCCGAAGAAAAGGGCGUCGAUACCCCGCUGUUACGGGCGGUUUAUGCUCUUGUCAAGGCUCUCGAUGGGAGUUUUACACAUGCGCGGGAGCAGAGUAGCCAGUGACGUGAUUCUCAUCCUGAUGGAAUUCUGGAGGUUGAACCCAUUUAAGUGCUCCGUUCCUAUCUCCUGCGAUGUCAACAUCACCUUGACUUCAGGUGACUUCAGGGCACGUCCUCUGCUAGCACUGCACACGGAGAGCCAUCGGCCAGGCGUACAGUACCAGAACACAUCGACCGUGAUAUGAAUGCAUGAAAAUUCGGCACCUGAGGCACUGCAAAGCACCCCCCUCGAAGUCAUGACCGUUUCACCACGGUCGCGCGACGGCAGACCUGAUUGAUAUCUUGUCAGGCAUUGCGUUGGGUUGCAAAUCAUUGUUUUGGGCGAGACAUGACAUUCGGAGGUAGUAUAUACCAUCUACCUCAGUAGUACACCGGAGAUACAGAUAUAUCGAGCUCGAACUCCCAGGAUGUCUGUAGAUAGCUACGAUAGAUCGAGUACUAGAGGACGAAUAUAGACCCGACCUAGUCUUCACUCUUCGACAUCUUCUUGAUUUUUUCCCCUAAAAAUUCCAAAC